AUGGAGAAGAGUCCAUUUGGGUUCCUAAGCCAAGAUCUAGGCCUUGACAUAGCCCAGACUUUCUUCAAAACCAUCCAUCGAACGGAGCCCCCAUCUCCCACCAAGCGUCACAUAAAGAUCACCGUCGUCGGUACUGGCAACGUUGGCAUGGCCAUUGCUCAGACCAUCCUAACACAGGACCUUGCCGACGAACUCGCCCUCGUCGACGCCAAGCCCGACAAACUCUGUGGUGAGAUGCUCGAAUCUGGAGACUGCUGUGCAGGGAGCGACAACUCUCUCGAUGGAACAAUUACCUCGGCCAUUGCCAACUUCUCCAAGCUCACUUACUUGGACCUGGGCACCGAUAAUUUCGUUGGUUCCAUCCCUUCAGGGAUCGGAAGACUGUCGGAGCUCCUCUAUCUCAACCUCUUCAACAAUUCUCUCGAGGGUCCAAUCCCAUAUCAGAUCAACAAUCUCCAAAAGGUAUGGUACCUAGACCUCGGGUCAAACUACUUAGAAUCCCCUGACUCAUCCAAGUUCUCUGGCAUGCCCAACCUUACAUAUCUUAGUCUUUUCUACAACUCACUGAGCAUGGACUUCCCGCCUUUCCUACUCAAUUGCCGGAACCUGACUUACCUCGACUUAUCAUCGAACAACCUUUCGGGCCCGAUACCAGAACUGUUGGCCACCAAUUUGCAGAAGAUUGAGUACCUUAAUUUUACUAGUAAUUUCUUUCAAGGGCCGUUGCCUGUGAACCUGAAGAAGCUUGGUCGGCUGAAAGAGCUACGUUUGGGAGAGAACAGGUUCACCGGUACAAUACCCACUGGGAUUGGUUCUAUUUCUGGAUUGCAAAUUCUUGAAUUACAAAGCAAUUCACUGGUUGGGCAGAUCCCUUCUUCACUGGGCCAACUUAGGAUGCUUCAAAAACUGUAUUUGGUUUUACAAGGAAUCUCUGUUGGAGGCAUGGGUUCUCUAGUUUUACAGGGAAUCUCCGAUGGAGGCAUUCAAAUUACGGAAAACAGAGUUUUUGGCAGAUGA